AUGAUAAUUCCACGACGAACGCUACCGACUUCAACUCUAACCUCUGACGCUGUGGCAUGCCUGCUCUGCCAAUGGCGCUCCUUUAGCACUUCGUAUCGUCGGCUCGCUGAGAACCCAGCUCCUGCAGCUUCAUCUCCGCCCGUCCUGGAAGGACCUCUCGCAGAUGCACCAAGAAGCCAUGGCAAAGCCGUCUCCGACUUUACGCCCAAGCCUCUAGGCCGACCCAUCGGACUAACGAACCCCCCCAGAGCUGGAGAGAACGCUGGUAUAGACACUAGGACGUGGAGACAAAGGAGAGAUGACUUCGUGGACCACGACAAGCAUCUUAUUAGGAGGAAGCAGCUGACCAGAAAGAUCUCAACUCCAUAUUUCAGAGAAUGGAGCAACAUGCGCCUACACAAGGGGAAGUCUUUCCUCGCGCCCCCUCGCCUAUUCAAAGCAGAGCGCGCUCUAUACUUCCCGAAUAUCCAAGGUCAGACCUUGCUGAAAGAUAAAAAGCUCCGGGAUACGACUCCGCUUUUCGAGGACAAAGUGUCGAUUGUCAGUGUGUUCAGCAGCGCGUGGGCAGAGAACCAAGCAGCCACAUUCGCAUCGCGGAAACACAAUCCUGAGGUCCACGAGGUAGUCGCAAACAGUGGGGGCGUCGCGCAGAUGGUACAGAUUAACAUCGAGGAGAAUGCGUUGAAGGCCAUGUUGGUUAAGUUAUUCAUGCCAGGCUUGAGAAAGAAGAUGGGUGUUGGGAAUUGGGGACGGUAUUUCUUGGUCAGGAAAGGGAUGUCAGACGAGAUUAGAGACGCUAUUGGACUGCUGAAUAGCAAGGUCGGGUAUACGUACUUGUUGGAUGGGGAGUGUAGGAUACGAUGGGCAGGAAGUGGACCUUGUGAAGGAGACGAGAAGGAGGGGCUAGUCAAAGGAACCAAACGACUGAUCGAGGAGCUGAAGGCCAAUCCGAGGACGAGACCAGCUCUCUCUCAAAAAGCCGCAGAACCUGUAGAAAAAUCUACAUCUGCAGCGUGA